CACCUUUUCUUUCCGAAGCUGACAUUACAUUUUAAAAAAAUCACACUCUGCGCGCGCGCGAGCACAAUAGUUGUUGAAGGAGUUUGGAACGACUUUUGGUUUUUAGACACUUUUGAAAUUGGAGCAUAGCAUUUUCAAGAAACAUUUACGUUAUUGUUGCUCGCGCGAGUGCUGGUUCUACAGUUUCGAGUUUGUGACAAUUGUGGCCAAAUAUAUAUAUUUUAUACAUUUUUGUAUAAAAUUCCUGCUUUACUAUGUAAGCAAUAAGAAUUUUCGCGAGGAACUAGGUGGCAUAAUUACGAAGAGUACAAUUCGACUUCUCGAUUUUUACGCAUAUAUCAAAUAGUACUUUAUGCAUAUGUAAAAACAAUGUCAGAAAAGUUCGUAAUAAUGUGCGAAGCAAGAGUGGGAUGUUUUCGUGAAAACAAUACAUUUAAUAUUAUUUCGGCAUCUCGGAAGAAUAACUUCGGAUUAAAAAAGAAAUAUAAGAUAGAUGUUUUUUUUCUCGAUGGAUUAUUACUGCGUAUGUAUACAGAACAAAGUAUGGUCAGCCCCCCGCAACUUUUCCUAUCUUCUCCGUCGCCAAACAACGUAACAAACGCAAAUGUGGCAACAGCUUUUUCACUACGGCGAUGACAUCAGUGGCAACGUAAAAUAAUAUUUUUCUCGAUAAAAAAUAAAAUAACACAGUAGGGGUGUGUUAAAAGGAACUUUCGUCAAUGUUUCACAAAAACGUGGAUAAAAUCUGAAGAAAACGAUCUAAAAGAAAGUAUAGUGUGUGUCUAUGACUUUUGACAAACAAUUACAAAAUAACGAAAAAUGAGUAACACAACACUACUAAACAGUGUUGAUUGUGAACAAGUAUUGUACAAUUUAACUGGAAAUGAAACGAUUAUGUUUGUUGAAAUUAUAUCGAGGCAAGUCGAAGUCAAUAUUUCAAAGUACACCAAAAAAAAGUGUUUUGGAAAGUUUGUUCAAUUGUAUCAAGAGAGAAAUGACAUCUCAAGACAGUAUCAAAUAGAUGCUCUCAGAGAAAAGUGUUUUCCGUAUUACAUAUUGAUUGUUUUGUUGAGCCUGCUAGGCAACUGUCUAUCGAUGUGCGUGUUGUUCGGGACGAAGUUACGUUACUCUUCACCGAGCGUUUACCUGGGCGUGCUAGCGAUAAGCGAUAAUUGUUACUUAGGAACAUUAUUAGCCCGACAGUAUUAUAGAUCAAAGCACUAUGAUAAUUUGUUUUUUGACAAGUUCCCUUUCUUUUUAUUGAAUUUUUGUUCUUGUUUGAGUGCGUGGCUCGUGAUAGUUUUCACUGUCGAGCGAUACAUCGUAAUUAAGUGGCCGCUUCGUCGUAAUUCGUUUUGUACUGUCGCUCGUGCAAAGAUUAUGAUAAUCAUAUUAACGAUAUUAACGAUUCUUCUAAACAUUCCCGAAUUUCUUCUGACUUUCUUGUACUUAAAAUCCGACUUAGCAAUUUAUAGGAUCUGUCAAGUUGCUAUAAUAAUUAUCAUACCGCUGAUUGUGAUAAUUAUCCUGAAUAUUCUGAUAACAUACAACAUUUACAAAAGUUAUCGUAAUCGAAGAAAUAUGACUGCAAAUCCCAUCACUUCUAAUGAAGAUCGGAUUUAUCAGAACUGGAUGUUACAAUCGACUAAAAUAUUUCUUCUUCCAUGUGCGUUUAUGUGCUUCAAUAUGCCCAUUUGCAUUAUGAGAAUAAUCCUUUUUUCUGUUUACGGGUUUAAGGCUACUGAUGAUCAUCUACGAGACUUAAAAAUGAAAAUUGAUAAUGAGAAUAAUGCAAUCGUAUCUUUGGCUUUCAUCAGAGAAAUUAUAAUGUGGAAACAGAUCUCUUUCUGGAGGAAAGUUCGGAACAACGUGCGAAGCAGAAGUGGGAUGUUUUGUCAAAAACAAUGCAUUUAAUAUUACUUAGGCAUCUCGGAAGAAUAACUUCGGAUUAAAAUUCUAUAUUGCGACUAUUGCCGCGAAAUUGCGCGGCAAUAGUUUUUUCACCUCGGUGAUGACAACAUAAAGUAACAUUUUUCUAAAGACGGUAAGAGUGAGCAGCAUAUAUAUGUCUCGAAGCAGUUUAAAAGUAAGAUGAGAAUACGGUCAUUUUUAAUUCUUAUAUUUUAAUUCUAAGCUUCGUUAUGUAGUUACAUAUCGUGUUUGAUGUUAAUUUCAAUCCUUUCAUUG